AUGGCCGAAAACUCCAAAUUUCACUCCGCCCUAGCUGUCACCAACGUGAAGCAUCUUAUUCCAAUCACCUUGGACAUGGAAACCAGCCAAUAUCACUCAUGGGCAACCUUAUUUAAGGUCCAAGCUAAAGUUCAUUCAGUGCUUGAACAUAUCAUCCCCCCUACGAAUGCUGCAGCCAUAACAGCAUAUCAAACAACCAAGGCCGCUGAUCUCCCACUAUGGAACCGUCUUGAUGUUUUUGUACUUCAAUGGAUUUAUGCGACUAUAUCUCCUGAUAUUCUCACAUCGAUCCUCGUGGCUGAUGAUUCGGCUGAAAGAGCCUGGCAGCGUGUCGCUGAUUUAUUCCAAGAUAACAAAAACUCUAGGGCGAUGUAUCUUGAAACUCAGUUCACAAACACGUGCUUGACUGAUUUCUCCUCAACCUCCGCCUAUUGCAACCACCUCAAAUCUCUUGCUGACCAAUUAUCUAAUGUCGGGGCUCCUGUUUCAGAACAACGUCUUGUGCUCCGCUUGCUCGCUGGACUAACCGAAGCCUAUGCUAGUUUUGUCACGAUUAUGCAACAGAAAGAUGAAUUGCCCAGUUUUGCUACAACAUGUUCUAGUUUAAAGAUGGAAGAGACCACGCUUAAGGAGCGAGCAGCCCGUGAAUCUGGUUCCACUGCCCUCUUAACCGUGGAUGAAGGCUUCUCUUCACAGCCGCAACACCAUAACAACAAUAUCACUUUAUCACAGGGUCGUAAUAAUUCUAAUCGAGGCAAGAAAAACAACCGCGGUAGAGGCAACAACAACCGCGGUGGCAAAGGCAGACGCGGUGGUGCCUGGGCUACAGGCGCUGGAAGGGGCGGUGCACCACAACAGCAGCAGUACCAAACCUACCCACCGGUGGGCCCAACCUCCCUGUCCUUAUCCAGCAGCCUCAUGGCAACCUAG